GCGGUAUGUGGGCCGUGCGAGCCGCUGUCCGCCCGGGGUUCUGGCUCUUUCGCGUGGCUCGCGACUGCGGGGCUCCGAGGGCCGCGCCGCCGCUGUCGCCCUGCCCCGAGCGCGCGCUCGCCGCCUUCCGAGGGGGCCUGGGGUGCCCGGAGGGGCGAGGGGGGGGGGGGCGGGGCCCAGGUGCAGAUGGCCGGAGAAGUCGGACUGGAGGAAAGGAGGGUGAGGAGGAACCAGAAGCUGCGGAGGAGGAGGAAGAGGAGGAGGAGCUGCUGAGGAGGGACCCUUUGCUGCCGGCGGGGACCCAGCGCGUGUGCUUGGUUCACCCUGACGUCAAGUGGGGGCCCGGGAAGCCGCCGGGUACCCGAGCUGAGUGGCAGGUGGUGGAGGCACAGGCGCUGGUGCACACGCUGGAUGGCUGGUCGGUGGUGGACACGGUGGUGGUGCCCACCAAAACGCCAGACAGGAAGCUCGUCUUUGGCAGAGGGACCUUGGAGCGCCUGACAGAGAAAAUCAGAGGGUCCCUGGAAAUCACCGCCGUCUUCCUGAAUGUGGAGAGGAUGGCUGCACCCACCAAGAAAGAACUGGAAGCCGCGUGGGGUGUGCAGGUGUUCGACCGAUUCACGGUGGUUCUUCAUAUUUUCCGCUGCAACGCCCGCACCAAGGAGGCCCGGCUGCAGGUGGCGCUGGCCGAGCUCCCCCUGCUCAGAUGCGCACUCCCCACCCAGGGCUCUGUCCCAGCCUCCCACGGGCACAUGCUUCCGUCUCCUGAGCCGACCCAUUUCCACGCCAGGUCCCACCUGAAAAACAACGUUACCCACCUGGGCGGACGAGGACGGGACUCUCGCCACAUCAUGGGGUCAGGAGAGUCUUUCAUGCAGGUGCAAGAGCGCCUCCUGAAAGAUAAAGAAGCGAAGAUUCGAAAGGCCCUGGACAGACUCCGCCGGAAGAGGCUUCUCCUGGGGCAGCAGCGGAGGCGGCGGGAGUUCCCUGUGGUCUCCGUGGUUGGAUACACGAACUGCGGAAAGACCACCUUGAUCAAGGCCCUGACAGGGGACGCCGCCAUCCAGCCCCGGGACCAGCUGUUUGCCACGCUGGACGUCACAGCCCACGCGGGGUGGCUGCCCUCCCGGCUGACUGUCAUCUACAUGGACACCAUUGGCUUCCUCUCCCAGCUGCCCCACAGCCUGGUCGAGUCCUUCUCGGCCACCCUGGAGGACGUGGGCCAUUCGGAUCUGAUCGUCCACGUGCGAGACGUGAGCCACCCUGAGACAGAGCUGCAGAAGGCCAGCGUCCUGUCGGCCCUGCGGACCCUGCAGCUGCCGCGCCCGCUGCUGGACUGCAUGGUGGAAGUGCCCAACAAGGUGGACCUGGUACCCGGGUACAUACCCACCGAACCCGGCGCGGUGGCCGUGUCUGCGCUCCUGGGGCUCGGGCUGGAGGAGCUGAAAGCCAGGCUGGAGGAAGCAGUUCUGAGAGCCACGGGCAGACGGGUCCUCACGCUGCGAGUGGGGCUGGCGGGGCCGCAGCUGAGCUGGCUGCAUCAGGAGGCCGCGGUGCAGGCGGUGGACGUGAGGCCUGAGGCCGGGGUGGCCGACGUCAAGGUCAUCAUAAGCGACUCAGCUUACGGCAGGUUCAGGAAGCUCUUUCCAGGUUGAAAGGAAGCCCAAGGGUGGGGAUGCUCCCCGAGGACUGAGGGGGGGGCUCCCCGGGGACCGGGGGGCUGCAACGUUCCCGCCUCAGAGAGAAGCGGGCUCCUAGCGUGGGCCCUACACCCCCGUGAGCGUGGCGGGAGGGCUGGUGGGACUGGGAGCUGGCGUGGAUGGUGGCGCUCCGAGUGGUUCUGAUUGACCGUUGGGCGUCUGGAGAGCUGACGUCCCGUCCAGGGUGCUUGAGCCGUGAGACAGUAAAAGCUUUGCGUGUGUUCGUGAACCAGCCUUUCUGGUUCUUCCGUGCCGGCCGCCCGGCAGAAGGCCUGCGAACGCUGGCCGUGAAGGAGGCAGGUCCGGCUUCCCCGUCCGCUCUGCGUCCACAUGUUCACGGCUGCCAGUCCUCGCCCUUCCCCACGGUAGCGUCAGGGUUAU